UUCAACUGACAAUUUUUUUUAAAAAAAUAUUUAGAAAUGAACAAAAAUCCCCAAAUCUAAUUUCUGAAUGGAAACCCUAACCCUAACCCUCACCCUCACCCGAAUUCCCCUUUUCGGAUCCCUCGCUUUAUCCCGCUUUCGGAUCCUCCGUUUCUCCCUCUUCUUCGCCGGAGGCUGAAACCCCUUAAUUUAAUUAAAUUAUUAUUUUUUUUGUUGGUUUUCUUUCGUUUCUGUUUCUUUUUAUAGGUAUAGAUGGGAAAUCGUUAAUUGUACCGAAAUUAGAGAAAUAGAGAUAAAGAUAGAGAGAGUAAGAGAGUUUAGAGAGGUAGAGAUGGAGAGUGGGGCAGGAUCAGAUGGAGGGGGUGUCGGGUCGAUCGUGUGGGUACGCAGGAGGAACGGUUCAUGGUGGCCGGGAAAGAUACUGGGGCCCGACGAGUUACCGGCGUCUCAUCUUACGUCUCCGAGGACCGGGACUCCGGUCAAACUUCUUGGCAGAGAGGAUGCCAGCGUGUAGUGAUUGGUACAAUUUAGAAAAGUCUAAGCGUGUGAAGGCAUUUCGAUGUGGGGAGUUUGAUGAUUGCAUUGAAAGGGCAGAAUCCUCACAAGGUAUGCCACCCAAGAAAAGAGAGAAAUAUGCUCGACGGGAAGAUGCUAUCCUUCAUGCACUUGAACUUGAAAAGGAAUUGUUGAGAAAGCAAGGAAAAUUGGAUAGACCUUCUGAUGCAAGAAGUAAAUCAUCUGGCUCUGCUAAAAAGGAUUCUGGAGGUUCAGAUAUUAGUAAUGGAAAACCUGGGAACUCAAAAUCCAAUCAAUCCAGGAGUCAAGAUACUUCCAUCAAGGGUGAAAUAGUGAGCAGCCCCAGACAUUUGAAAAAAGACCAAGUUGGAAAUCCUAUUUGGGAAAAUGAUCAUUCUGAAAACAUACCCCGGAUGAGAGGAUUGCAGGACUUGGGGCUCAAGACUGCAUGCGCAAAACAAAAGCCUACAUCUUUUGGUGCUUUGGAUGUUGACUGUACUCUAUCUCCUUCCAGCAGAGUUUCUAGCAUGGGAAGAACCACUCACAUUAAUGGAGGAGAGCAGAUGGGAGGUGCUUCCCGAGCAAAAAGGAGCAGAUGCAUGUACUUGCCAGCUGAGUCUUUUGAUGCUCUAGAUUAUAAAGAAGUUCCUGCAAACCAGAUUGAGAUGUCACCUUCCCGUUUUGUGGAAUGUGAUUCUUAUCCUUUUCCUAGUCACUUGAUUGAAGAUAAUACUAGAGAGUUCUUGGAAGACAUUGAAUCUGGUUCUUCUGAAUCAGCUUCCUCUGAAUCUGAGUCAGAGUCUGAUUCUUCUGAGACUGAACCAGAUAUGGAUGAGGAUAUCACUUCACUCUCAGGUGCUACCGUACGAAUGGAUACUCGAUUGGGUGCCUUUCAAAGACCUGAUACCUUAGGCAGUGGAAGUGUGGGCCUGGAGGAGUCUGAUGAGUCAUCUCUUUCUGGUGAGAUGCCUCACUUUUAUUCUCACGAUCAUCUUUCUGUGCACGAAGCUGUGUCCAAGUGGCAGCUAAAAGGGAAAAGGAACAUACGGAAUCUGGCAAAAAGAUCCAUGGAUGCAGCAGAGAUAAGAGGUUAUGAUGGACCUGCCCAUGGGAUAUAUCACGAAGAAAGGGGAACUUUCAGACAAAGGUUGUUAGGUCAGAGUUCUCGUAGAAAUCAUGACUUCGAUGAUGAUGUUGAUGUUGCUGGUCUGAGUGCAAAAGAUUUCGGGACCCAAAUGGUUGGCUUUGAUGGGAGAGGAUAUUCUCGUACAGCAAGGGAUUCAUCCAGAAGUAGAAAUAGUUUUAACCGUAACGUCAUUGAUUGGGAAGGCAUGCCUUGGGAGAACCAUGCUGCUGUGAAAAGAGAGUGGGAGGACAAAGUGUGGCACUUUGAUCCUGUAUUUGCUGGCCAUCGUAAUUUUGGUGGGAGGAAAAGAUCUAUGUUGAUAGAUGUAGAUUUGAAAGUCCAAGCAGGAUAUCAAAAAGAACCUGUUCCUAUUGUUUCAUUGAUGAGCAAGUUGGAUGGGAAGGCAAUUAUAGGGCAUCCCAUUCAAAUUGAAGCCCUACAGGACAGUUCAACUGAGACCCUUCUCCCCACUAAUGGUUAUUUCAGUAAUGGAAUAAUUAACCAUGAUGGAAAUACUUCACUUCCACCAGCAUGGAGGACCGCCAAGAGGACCAAUUUUAGGGUUCCACGUCCUCACCCACCAUUUGCAUUGGGUAGUUAUGAAGCAGCUGAAUACCAUUCCUUGGAUCAUGAAGGAAAACCAUCUUUCAAGAAAUACAAUGUAGGAAGUUCAGAGUAUAAGGCAGGCCUGGUUAAAAAGAGCAUCUCUCAUGUUCCCCGCUCUCCUACCGACAGGAAGUUUCAAAGAAAGUUCCCGAAGAAAGUAAGCUUAUCUUCUAGCCAGAAAACAAGAACUCUGUCAUCAAUUGGUAUAGAGCAAAAUCUCAGUUCUAAGACUACACAUGAUAGCGGUAACUGUCAAAUGGAUGGAUUAAUCAAACCAGAGUCAUCUGGGCCCACAACAGUGGCUUGCAUACCUGUCAAACUAGUAUUCAGUAGGUUACUUGAAAAGAUCAAUAGGCCGCCAUCAAAAGCGGCUAGUAAAGCGAUUCUCUCCACUAGUGAUGUAGUAAGAGAUCCAUCAUAGAUUACAUUGUACAUUGAUACAACGAAACAUUAAAUAUUUGUCAGCAAAAUAAGCAUUGCUAAUUUCAUCUUUUUGACAAAAAGCAUUCCCACCAA